CGCUGAGAAUGCCCCAGCUAUGGCAGACUCAGAGAGGGCCGACUAUGGCUGCUGUCACGGGGAAGAUUGUUCCAGCUCGAGGGCCCAAGGUGUUCGGUUGGGAUCCCGUGUUUGAACCAGAAGGCUACAGUCAGACGUAUGCGGAGAUGGGGAAGGACGAAAAGAACAAGAUCUCACAUCGCGGAAGAGCGCUUCAGAAACUAAAAUCCUUUUUGGAUGAAGGAAAAUUACCCGGGCAGUCGCCUCUUAUGCCAUCCUCGAUUGACGGCGAACGAUGACGAUUCCCCACCUGGAUGGGGCUGAUGGACCUGGGUUCACUCCUCUGGAUUGCGGAUGUACCUGGGUCCAAUUCAUAUGUGGAUUCAUUCCUGGAUUGCGGAUGUACCUUGAUCCAUUUCAUACCUGGAUUGCUCUCCUGCGUAAUGAACCUGCAUCGGAAUAUGGACCAGGGGCGGAUCCGUAGCAGAUGGACCUGGGUUCUCACUCCUGGAUUGCGGAUGUAGUGCAUCUGGAUCCAAUUCAUACCCAGAUUCAUUCCUGGAUUGUCGAUGUACCUGCAUCCACUUCACACCUGGAUUGCUUGCCUGGAUCAUGAACCUGCAUCGGAAUAUGGACCAGGGGAGCCUUGAGGGGUGGGGUCAAUUUUGUAGAUCUUGUUGGAGGUAUACGGAUAUGACAAAGCUGUUUACUUUUUUAAAGUUUUUUUUUUUAAAUUUUUUAAUUUUAUUUUAUUUAUUUUUAAUUCAUUUUGAACUGUGAAGUAGGAAGUCCUUUAAUUUUUGGAUUUUUGCAGGUUUAAUUAACACCUCCGGGGUGAGCGUCGAUGGCUUUUAAGUU